CGUUUACCAAAAAAAAAAAAAAAAUCUCCCAUGGCGUCCACUCUGCUUCACUUCCUUUCUCCCCCAAACCUUCUUACUAACCGUAUCUCAAGCCUCUUAUCAAUCUCCAACAAUAACCCACCAAAACCAUUACAUUUCACCAUCAAAUGCACGUCUCCAAACUCACACAAUUCAUCUCCAAAUCAUCAACCUGCAGAUUUCCCAUCUCCAAUCAACCACGAAACAACCAUAAGCCCGGAAAACUUCCCCAUCGAGAAACGAAGAAGAUCCGAAAUCAUCCGAGAAAGGAAGCCGAGACCCGAGAUUGCAAAAUCGGAGCCACCGAAUUUCGAGGUGGGGUGGAGGAGGACGAAGGAGAUCAACUUGGAGAAGCCGACGGGGUAUGUGAUAAUGGAUUUUUUGGAGAAGUUGGAAGGGUUGAUGGGGAGAGAGUUCGGGUCCACGGAGCUGUUGGGUAAAGCGGGGGAAAUCGUGGCGGAAAGGGCGAGGGAAGAAGCCGAAGUGUUGAGGGAUGAAGGGAAAGUGGAAGAUAGGAUGGUGACGGAGUUGUCUAGGGUUUUGAGGUUGAUGGAAAUGGAUUUGGCUAUGGUGAAAGCUGCUGUGAAAGAGGAGACCUUGAAUGAGAGGCUGGAACAGGCUAAAGCUAGGUGCAGGCAAGCCAUUAUUGUGGCGAAUUCUUUUUGAGAGGAAAGGUAUAAAAUUUGGAA